UUAAGUGAAAGGUGCAUCAUCGCAAGCUCUUUUAAUUCUGCUUCAGAAACACAAGUGCCUUUUUUUAGAUAUUAGACUCAAACUCGAUGGCAGAAUGAGUGCCUUCCUGGCAAAUGCUUUGGUUUUCAGUAUCGUAUGCGUGAAUCUUGCGAGGUGUUCUCACUUUAGGGGAGCAACACUCAGUUGGAAAUCCGUAAAUGCUAGCAGCACGACAGACAAGAGGGUUAUUAUUUCGUUACGAAUUGCCUGGCGGAGAUCAAACACAUACUGUGAUCAAUCCACGAUCAAUUCCGGCCGUCUCAUUGGUCCUAGCGGGUCACGUCUCCAGUGUCGCUCAGGCUGCAGUGGGUACGUUGGCAGCAUGGAUUUCAAAUGUACAGAUUUCAGCGUGCAAGAGGAUUGGUCAGCCGGUGAAAGGAACUACACAUAUAGAUUCCCUGAUAUUCAUUCUCCACUUUACCAGGCGAGUUUUACUGGAAGCGAUUGGAUUUCCCUAGUCAAGGGAGGUGGCAACUGGGAAGUGAGAAUGUACGUCAAUCUGACGAAACGAAAGGACACUGGACUCAUUAAUACAUCACCAACUGCCGCCUUGUCAUCCAUCAUCAGACUGCAAUAUGGAUGCAACCACACCAUAGUCAUACCAGUCAGUGAUGCAGAUAAGGAUGACAUACGAUGUCGAUGGGCUGAAUCAAGUAAAUAUGAAUGCGCCGGCGUGUGUAGGACCUUCCCUGGAGCCGUCCUAGACGAGCGAAAGUGUCAAAUGGAGUAUUUGGCUACAGGAAGAAUCGGUUGGUACGCUGUCGCUAUCAUGGUUGAAGACUUCACAGACCGUCUAUCGAGUAAUGCUUUAAGCGGCAUCCCUAUUCAAUUCUUAGUCCAAGUGUUCACAUCUAGCGCAAGUUGCUCUAGUAAACCAGAAUUUAGUGGAGAAACAAGAGUUGAUGGAUCGUGCAUUGGUGUUCCUCAUGGCUCGACAUUGAAUGAACGCAUCAUUGCCAAAAGCCAAGGGACAGGAAACAGGAUUAUAGAAAUCACGACGAUCAGUCCCUCUGGACUCACCAAGUCUUCUUUGGCUCAGUACUCUGCCAACGAAUGGUAUGUAAACGUGACAUGGACUCCAAGUCAAUCACAAGUAGAUCCUGUCAUAUUCUGCUACACUGCUAUUGAUGCCAACGGAUUAUCAUCCGACCAAAGCUGCGUUACACUUUUGGCUGGAGUUGCACCUCCAUAUAURGUCAAUGGUUCCCACUUUCCAACUGGUCUGAUUUACCCAAACAAUCAAAGAUGGACCGUAAAGUUUGACAAGGAGUUUGUCCGUCCAAAAAGAAGCCGAUACAUCAGGAUUUUCAGAUCAGAUGGCACCGAGGUCUACACUGUUGAUGUUUCGAUCUCCCAUGACGUCAUCUACCCAGAAGACUCACUGGGUCGAGCACUUGAGUUCAGGCCGUCAUUGAGACUCGUCGAGGAAAGCACUUACUACGUGCUUCUUGAUCGAGGUAUAGUACGUGGAACUACGUAUUGUGAUCUAGAAUCUCCACCAAUGAGAGAUCCUCACUUCUGGAGAUUUACAAUCAAUAAACUCCUGGAGCCUCCGGUCCUCGAAGCCUCGUCCAGCGGUGGUAUAGAAGACACACCCAUUCCUGUGUUUUUGUCUGCUCGUAUGUCUGGUAUCAACAGAACAGAUGACGUAACUUUAUCCAUUACCAUAUAUGGUGUGCCUGAUUCAUUUGUAUUCAGCCGAGGCAUGCGCAGUAAAGACCAAGUCACACUACUGAAGCAACAAUUUGGUGACUUGUUCGUCACCCCAGCGAAAGACUUCUCAGGGAAUUUUACUGUGGACAUCGUUGCGCAAGCAGCACGAGGACUCGAAAAAACACAAACAAAUUAUUCAUUUACCAUUAAUGUAAAAGCUAAAGCCGACGUACCAGUCCUCAUUACCGGAGACGCAUGCGCUAAUUUGACCGGACUAAUACCGCUGAACAUAAAAGCCUUGCUCAAUGAUAAUGACGGCUCAGAGAAACUGACAAUAGCGUUGUCAGGGUUACCAAAUGAAUACCAGCUCAGCCGCCAAGGAAGACUAGUGAAUGGGACGCACUACUUAGAAACCGAUUCUCUUACCGGAUUGGUCGCUCGGUACGACGGAGUCUUUGAGCCUUUUGUCUUGAAGGUUGUUGCAACAUCUGUGGAAAAAUCGAAUGGAGACCGCGCGUCAGUCAUGACAAUCAUCAACGUCACCAGUUGUAUUCUACAAUACCAGUGCAGAUGUGAAGAGGGAUACACCAGACCAGAUUGUUCUCAAGAUAAGCGUAGCAACAGUGACGAAGUUCAUCACAUCAUUCCCAUAGCAUGGUACAUCCUAAGAGAUCAAAUUCGAUGGUCAAAUGCUGCCGAGUGGGCAACAUUUAGGAAUAGCUGGGAUACUUUUCCUAAUGCAGUGGGUGCUAUAGACUGUACCAUACAUCGAAUAUGGAGACCAUCUGUGAGGCAAGCGACCUAUUAUCGUGCCGAUAAGAAAACACAUUUCUUGGCUACCAUCGUCAUCGUUAACACAGACGGGCUUCCUGUUUACGUAAGGGCAGAGUACGUAUUAUCAAUGCGUAACGGACGUACAUGA